AUGACGACUCGAAUCGACCGCAUCCGCCACGUCGGCGCCGACAACUCAGGAUACACUUACUAUCCCGUCCUGAUCAUCGGGGCCGGCGAGUCUGGCAUUGCCAUGGGCUGCCGCCUCCGCCAGGCCCUAGGCUUCGACCAGUUCCGCAUCUUCGAGCGAAGAUCCCGGCUCGGGGGCACCUGGCAUACGAACCAGUACCCCGGCAUUGCAUGCGACGUACCCGCCAUCAUGUACUCGUUCUCGUUUGCCCAGAACCCGCACUGGACGUCGCUGUUCCCCUCUGGGCCCGAAAUCAUCCGGUACCUGUACGACGUGUGCGAGAAGUUUGAGAUCCUAGACAAGAUCCACUUCGACACAUCAGUCAAGGCGGUGCGCUGGCUCGACGACGCGAACGAAUGGGAAGUCGAGCUUGAUCACCUCGCCCCCGGCGUGGGAGACCUAUCGACCCGCGAGCGCCAACAGUUGGAGAAAGAGAAGGGCGUGCAUACCGUGGUGCUGAGGACCGAGGUCGUAAGGGCCAAGAUCGUGUGCAGUGCCGUUGGAGGCCUCGUCGAGCCGAAACCCCCGCUGGAGGUGCCCGGGCUAGAGACCUUCGAGGGCGAGAUCGUGCACACGGCGCGCUGGAAGAAGGACCUCGAUCUGAAGGAUAAGGACGUCGUGGUCGUGGGCACGGGCUGCUCGGCCGGCCAGGUGAUGCCGCAGCUGGUCAAGCCCGAGUACGGCGCCAAGCACGUCACGCAGCUGAUGCGCUCGCCUCCGUGGGCGGUGGAAUUCCUGCCCCCGGAGGCGCGGGAGUGGUGGAAGAAGUGGAUCCCGUUCCUGAGCACGUACGUCCCCGGGUUCCAGAACGGGCUGCGCAAGUUCAUGUUCACGAUGAGCGAGAUUGAAUUCGUGCAACUGUUCACGCCCAACGAGGCCGCCCGGCAACGACGCAAGAAGAAGGCAGAAGAGCUGCUGCGCUACCUCCGCAAGACCGUCCCGGAGGAGUACCACGAGAUCCUGACGCCAGACUAUGAAGUCUUCUGCAAGCGCCGCGUCGUCGACGAAGGCUGGUUCAAAUGUUUGAGUUUGUCGAACGUGGAAAUCACUACGUUACCCUUGACGUCGAUUCAGCCACGCUCCGUGACGUUGGGCCCCGGCCGCCACUACCCGCCGCUCUCCAGAACGGACAGCAAGGCCCCCACCGAAGAACGCACCAUCCCGGCCGACGUGAUCAUCCUGGCGAACGGCUACGAGACGAACCAGUGGCUGCAUCCGCUCGACGUCACGGGCCGCAACGGCCGCUCACUGUACGCGACGUGGGCCGAGCGCGGCGGCGCCCAGGCCUACCUCGGCACCGCCAUGGACGGGUUCCCCAACUUUUUCUUGAUCUUCGGCCCCAACACCGCGACGGGCCACUCGUCCGUCAUCCUGGCGUCGGAGAACAUGGUCAACUACGCCCUGAACUUCAUCGGCCCGAUCCUGCGCGGCGAGGUGUCAACCGUCGACGUCAAGGAGACCGCCGAGCGCCGCUGGACCGCCCAGCUGCAGAAGGAACUGCGCAACAGCGUCUUCAACACGGGAGGCGGCCAGAACUGGUACGUCGACCGCGCGACCAAUUGGAAUGCCACCGUCUAUCCGCGCACGCAGGUCGAUUUCACGUUACGGUGUAUGUUCCCCUUUUGGUGGCACUGGAAUAUUCAAUACACGAGGAAGGGUCUCGUCAAGCUGGCGCUGACGCGGCUCGUCAGGCUGGUCGGCCUCGUCGGCCUGAUCUGGGGCAUCGUCUACGCUAGGAGGCACGGCGUGGCGAGGACGAAGCUUGUGGUCAGGGAAUUGCUGAGUAGAGGUGUCCACGCCGGCAGGGCCGUGGUGACCGCAGGAAGAGGCCGGUAG